CGCCAUCACCACCGGGCUACGAGGAGACCCCUCCGGGCCGGCAGCGCUCCCGCCCCCUGCCCGCCCCCCGCCCGCCAUGGCCGCCCGCGGAGCCGAGCGGCGGGGCAGAGCCGGGGGCAGCGCCGGGGGCUCGCCGCCGGCCCGCAGCGCCCUGUGAGGGGGGCACGGAGCCUCCCCGAGCCCCGGACGCCCCCCUCCGCGGCGGGGAUGCGCCACGGCCCCGCCGAGGGAGCCGCCGCCUAGACCGGCAGCCGCCAUGGUGCCCCUGCGGCCCCUCGUCGUGCUCCAGGGCGUCCUGCUGCAGCUCGUAUUUUGUGAUGCUAAUCAAGUCGUGCAAGCCACGGACGUGCUGGACUGGGAAGACAAGGAUGCUGCAGAGACAUUGGUCGACAACGUGGUCCACUCCAGGAUCAUCAAUCCCUUACGCCUGUUUGUUAAGCCAUCCCCAGUACUGAAACACGGCCAGGUGUCCUACUCAGACAGCACAGAAAACUUUUGGGAUUGGUUGUCCAACAUCACGGAAGUUCAGGAAUCUCUCGCACGAACUAAACGCAGACCUAUCGUAAAAACUGGGAAAUUCAAGAAGAUGUUUGGAUGGGGCGACUUCCACUCUAACAUCAAAACUGUUAAACUGAACCUCCUGAUCACAGGGAAAAUCGUUGAUCAUGGCAACGGCACCUUCAGUGUUUAUUUCCGACAUAACUCCACAGGUCUCGGGAACGUUUCUGUAAGCCUGGUGCCACCUUCCAAGGUGGUUGAGUUUGAGUCGUCUCCGCAGUCAACGCUGGAGACCAAGGAAUCCAAGUCCUUCAAUUGCCGGAUCGAGUACGAAAAAACAGAUCGCGCUAAAAAAACUGCCUUGUGCAAUUUCGACCCCUCCAAGAUCUGCUAUCAAGAGCAGACUCAAAGCCAUGUCUCCUGGUUGUGUUCUAAACCCUUUAAAGUUAUCUGCAUUUACAUUGCUUUUUACAGCGUAGAUUACAAACUGGUGCAGAAGGUCUGUCCUGAUUACAACUACCACAGUGAGACUCCGUACCUGUCCUCUGGCUGACACAGCGGCCACCAACUGCAGAGAUCCAGCAUCAGUCAUAAAAAUCAGCAUUCCCAUUAACCUUCUGGAGAAAUAUGUUUUCCAAUCAGGUUAAAAAGUCUUUUAAAACUGUAGCUGUGUUUGUGCUGUAUCGUAAAUAAUCAAACUGUUUAUGUAACAAUCCUUUUCAUUUGAGACCAUUGCACUUUAGCGCUCUCAUCGCUCACAAGGGAACCACCAGGCAGACACAUGAUGAAAAAAA